AAGAACGGAGACGACGAAAUGUGAGAAACAAUAGUGUGUAAUCCUUUUGGACAACGUCUAUUAGCUCAGCCUAAAUAAAAUAGCAACUUUCGAUUUUCGAAAUAUGAGUAGUUCAAACGACAAUAAAGGGAAACCCACAACAAAUGAUCAAAGUGGUAAAUCGAAUAAUCCGACUGAAUAUGGAAUAAAAGGAGGCGUCACUGCAAUAAGAAGAAAUGCGGUCAAAUAUUUGAUUAAAACCUCGGGUAGAAAAUCAAAUAUUUUGAACAUUUUCGACAAAACUAAAAUAUCUUCUCGCGGAAAUCCGAAAUGGUGGAUCAGAUUCGAUCGCCCUCAUGGAAAAGUGGAUUUCCAUCACAUCAACAUCAACAAGGCAGUUACUGGACUCAAGGAUCCACAUCUUCCUAUCUCUCCACUGCCAAAACUGCUGGAGUUCUUGGAGAUGUUGCUGAGAAAGCAAAUAAAAUUGCUCCAAUUUUGACGACUGCCGCUGUGAUUUACGAAAUGUAUCAAGUUGGAAAAGAGGUUAAGAAGGAUUAUCAUCACGGAACCACACGAAAUACUAUAAAAACAGUGGCAACCACGGCGACAACUUAUGCAAGUGCAUCUGCUGCAGCAUUGGCCGGAAGUUCCAUCGGAUCGGCAAUCUUUCCUGGUAUUGGAACGAUUUUCGGAGGAAUCAUUGGUGGAAUUGCCGGGGGAUUAUUCGGUGGACAUGUUGCCGAGACAGCUUCAGAACAAAUUCUAACUCACGUGAAAUAUGAUGUCACAACGUUAACCUGUAAAGAAUGUGGAAAAGAUUAUGAUUGGAAGAAGUACGAAGAAGCACAAGGAGUUUGUAGCUGCCAACUUCAAAUUGUUCUGAGCAACGACGCUGCUACCAAAUUAUGUGCAAUUUUGGCGGAAAAGAUUCAAAGUCCAUCUCAAACUUCAAAUUAUGCAUUUAAUUCUUACCUUUGUUAUUAUUAUCUUCACAUUUUCGCGUGUCUCAACAAGAUUUUGAAUCAUAAAUAAAUUAUUUCUAGAAAACAAA